AUGAAGAAAUUAAAAGCUCUUCUCACAACUUCCCCUAUAGUCAGACCACCCGACUGGACCUUACCAUUUGAAAUUAUGUGUGAUGCGUCUGACUAUGUUGUAGGAGCUAUUUUAGGACAAAGAGAAGACAAACUCCCUUAUGUGAUCUACUAUGCUAGUAAAACACUUAAUGAUGCUCAACUAAAUCAUUCAACAACUGAGAAAGAAUUACUAGUUAUUGUGUUUGCUUUGGAUAAGUUUAGAUCAUACUUGAUAGGUAUGUUAUACAUUCUUGUUGAUGUUGAUUAUGUCUCUCAGUGGGUAGAAUCCAUUGCCUCCAAAACAAAUGACCAUAAAGUAGUUCUUUCUUUUCUUAAAGAAAACAUUUUCUCUCGUUUUGGAACACCUAAAGCAAUAAUUAGUGAUGGUGGUACUCAUUUUUUCAAUAGACCUUUUGAAUCACUUAUGCUCAAAACUGCGUACAGAACUCCUAUUGGCAUGUUUCCUUAUAGACUUGUGUAUGGUAAAGCAUGUCAUCUACCUGUAGAGCUAGAACAUCGUGCUUAUUGGGCGGUUAAGAAAUUGAACUUUGAUCUUGAUAAAGCUGGCACCCAAAGGAAACUUCAACUCAAUGAGUUAGAAGAACUAAGAGAUAAUGCAUAUGAUAGUGCCAAAAUGUACAAAAAUAGAAUGAAAGUGUUUCAUGACAAGAGCAUUCUGCGCAAGUCUUUCACACCGGGUCAAAAAGCAUUAUUGUACAACACUCGUUUGCAUUUUUUUCCAGGAAAGUUACGUUCUCGAUGGUCAGGUCCAUUCGUGGUACGUACCGUUUUUCCUCAUGGAGUUGUUGAAAUUGAAAAUACAAUAUACAAGAACAUCUUCAAGGUCAAUGGUCAGAGACUAAAACCAUUUCUGGAGCCACUUCCACCAAAAGUUGAGACCUUGGACUUGGAAGACCCUGUUUAUGUGGACUAA